CGGGGCAGAUAAACUUCUGCGGGGAUCGCGCUCUCAUUGCCGUCAUUGCACUAACAAUGACAGAUGUAUACGUCUCCCCAUGGGGAUUUGAGAAUACAGCUGCUAGUACCUAGAUCGAAUGACGUCUACCCUUGUCGAGCGAUGUCUUCCGACGCAUCAUAUCAUCUCCGCAUUUGCGAUGUCGGUAAAGGAACCAGGUCUCGAGCGCAGCAGCAUAAAUAUCCUUCAUUGGAUCGGCGGUCUGACGAUUGAAAUGUAACACAGUCGGAGCUGGCUCUCCCUAUUUUUUUCAUCCAGUUCUCGAUGACAUUCCCGUCCUUUCUUCGUUCCGGAAAGCUCUAUUUCAGUUCCCAAUGGCAGGAGACUGUGAUGCUCAAAUCAAGUGUGACGCCUCGUUCACAGAAGAAAUAGAGGAUGUCACAAGUCCAUCUUUCUCUUCCGAAGAAGAGAAAACCCUCGUUCGGAAGGUCGAUUUGACAUUGCUUCCGACCAUUUGGAUCAUGUAUCUACUCUCCUACAUGGAUCGAACCAAUAUCGGUAACGCAAAAAUAUCAGGCAUGCAAACGGAUCUGGACCUGACGUCUGGCCAAUAUUCAGUCGCCCUUGUUGUCUUUUUCAUCGGAUAUGUCAUCUUCGAGGUACCCAGCAAUUUAAUACUGAGCCACUCGCGCCCUUCGUUCUUCUUAUCGAGCAUCAUGGUAGUUUGGGGAACCUUGACCUGCCUAAUGAGCGUGAUAAAGGACUUUAAACAUCUUGUUUUAUUGCGCACCCUGAUAGGCUGCGUGGAAGCAGGAUUCGCACCCGGAGUCCUCCUUGUCCUCUCAUCUUGGUACAAACGAACAGAGCAGUCCAAGCGGUUUGGCGUUUAUAUAUCUGCCGCCAUCCUUUCAGGGGCCUUCGGGUCUUUAUUGGCAGCAGGUAUUAUUCAAGGUCUAGAAGGAGCACGUGGAAUUAGAGGAUGGCGGUGGCUCUUCAUUGUCGAAGGGUCCGUCACUGUGGGAGUCGCAAUUAUAUGUGCGUUCAUCCUGCCAGACUUUCCCGCUACCUCUCGACGCUUGUCGGAGAGGGAGCGAUAUGUAGCUGUCGCACGACUGGCGACAGAUAAUGUCAGCGCCAUGACCGAAGAUAGCAUCCAGUUGUCACACUGGCACGCUGUUGUAGAGUCAGCCAAAGAUUGGCGAACAUGGGGGUUCGUGGUCGGGUAUAUGGUCAUUGUCGGCUCGAGUACACUGUCGUACUUUUAUCCCACCCUCGUGGCGGGACUCUUCGGCGACUCCUCCACUGAGAGAGUAAACUUCCUGACCGUACCCAUCUACGCAGUCGCAUUUGUCUGCACCGCAAUCACAGCUUACUUCAGCGACAAAGUUCCCCAAUGGAGAGGCCUUGUCAUCGCUGGCUGGCUGGCUGCAUCGUUGGCUUGUUCUGUCGCGGUGUGCCUUGUAUACAAUUACACUGCACGAUAUGUGCUUCUUGUCCUAAUGGCUGCCGGGCUCUGGGCCACGAAUGGAGGCACGCUUGCCUACGCAUCAUCCGCAUUUGCGAACAUGCAUCCACAAGUAAGAGGCGUUAGCCUUGCGCUGGUAAAUGCGCUGGGGAAUUUGGCCCAGAUAUACGGCUCGUAUCUGUUUCCUUCGUCAGACAGUCCAAAGUAUAUUAUGGGAUUCUCGGUUAUUUCCGCCAUGCUUGCCCUGGGAGUAGUGGUCUUUAUUGCAAUACAUAUCUGGUUUCGCCGUCGUGCUGAUGCCACGGGACGUGUGUGAUGGUCUAUACGCAUAUCAUUCUCUAAAGCUUUGACUUAUGAAACUCAGAGCUUGUGGCUUUUUGCAAUUGUCCCAUCCUGAUCGAUACC